AGUGUGAGUGUCAGAGUUCGUCCGCUGAGUGAAGUGGAGGCGGAGAAGGGUGCUGCCUGGAGGAUAGAGGGAAACACAAUCCAACCAGCUGGCAGGGAUGCACCAGACGGCGGGUACAGCCUCGACAACGUCUUCGACAGCAGCUGGAGCACAGAGGCCGUCUACCAACACACCACCAAGGAUCUGGUCAAGAAGGUCGUUGGAGGCUUCAAUGGCACGGUCUUCGCCUAUGGGCAGACGAGCAGUGGCAAAACCCACACAAUGCGUGGGACAGCCUCGGACCCAGGCAUCGUGCCUCUUGCCGUUCAAGACAUCUUCAAUCACAUAUCCAGCACACAAGACCGAGAGUACCUGGUCCGAGUGUCCUAUAUGGAGCUGUACAACGAGGAGGUCAACGACCUGCUGUCGACAGACAGCACCAAGCUGCAGAUCCACGAGAGCAAGGAGAGCGGGGUCUAUGUGGCUGGCCUGCGCGAGGACAUUGUGACAAGUGUGGAGCAUGUGCUCCAGCUGCUGGAGGAGGGCGAGCGCUCCCGCCACGUAGGGGAGACUCGCAUGAACAAGAACUCCAGCCGCUCCCACUCCAUCUUCCGCAUGGUGGUGGAGAGCCGCAGCCUGGACCAGGAAUCGGAGGAGGGCGGGGCGGUGUGGGUGUCAGUUCUGACGCUGGUGGACCUGGCGGGCUCGGAGCGCAUCAGCAAGACUGGCGCGGAGGGGCUGCGCAUGAAGGAGGGCGCCUCCAUCAACAAAUCCCUGCUCACCCUCGGCACCGUCAUCAACAAGCUCAGCGAGGGCACCCAGACCCAGGGGGGGCAUAUACCGUACAGGGACUCCAAGCUGACGCGCAUCCUGCAGCCGUCGCUGGGAGGCAAUGCGAAGACGGCCAUCAUCUGCAACAUCACGCCGGCCUUUGUGCACUCGGACGAGAGCCACAGCACGCUGCGCUUUGCCUGCCGUGCCAAGCGCGUGGUGAACAACGCCAUGGUGAACGAGGUGCUGUCGGACGCCGCCGUGCUCAAGCGCCAGGCCAAGGAGAUCGAGGAGCUGCGCCGCGUGCUGGCGGCCAACGGCGGAGGGUGA